AUGGAUAUAGAGGGGUCUUGGAAUGAACAAGAUGUCUCUGGGCUCGAAAGGAUUGGAGAGUGGACGAAAAAGAUACCGUGUGUUACACAAAAGAAAUACUAGGCAUAGGGAAAACACGAUGAUACUUAGUCUGUCAAUACUUUCAGCUGCAUUGAACCUGCAUGUACUGCCACCUUCAAGACAAUCGAAGAGGCGGAUGAGCACAUGGACACAGGCCAUCAUAUUAUGACUUCAGAGAAGGAGACCAUAUACGACAACGUACGUAGGCAGCGGGCAGCUGUAACGACGUCCGUUAAAGGUGCUGGCCGGAAAAGUGGCAGGACAGAUUAUGUUCCUGUGGCGAACUUACGACUGAGUAAAGGAUGGGCCUUAAAGAAGCAGAAAGCUGCGGCGAGAAUAUUUUCUGGUGUCACAGAAUUUUUGGCAAAUUUAUUCAACAUGGGAGCUAAGGAUCUUAACCAAAAGUUAUGCCAAGACGUGCUGGAGCAAAUAAAGAAAACGUUCCAAGUUUCAGAGUAG